AGGUUCAUAUAGAGGCUGGGAUUAACCUCCACCCGUACGAUAAUCCGCGUCAGCAUAUUUCUUUCACGCGUAGCAACACAAUAGAGUUAUUUCUUAAUUCGUUUCGAGGAUUUCUGUUUGUUUUACCGCGUUCUUCUUGAACUUAGGCACCUUGCAGCUCCCUGUCCGGUCUGCCACGACACUGACAGAUUCCUGGGCUGGACCGCCUUUGAUAAGCAUCCUAUGGUAUUUUGUUCAAGAUGGCGGUGGCGAGCAUGGAAAAGGACGCGAUAAAUACCGAAGAUGAUCUUCACCUUAAUAACUCGUUCGUAGAUGCUGGGCUUAUCUCUCCUGAUAAAGAAGACAUCUCUCGUAUUCUGACAGUUCCUUUUAGUGGACGGAUCAGAGGUGGGAUGAGGCCUGGGAAGAAAAUUAUUAUAAUGGGCAUCAUUGAUCCAGAGCCAGACAGCUUUGACAUCAGUUUGACCUGUGGCCACAGUGAGGAGAAGAACGAUGAUGAAGAGCUCACUGAUGUGGCCCUUAAACUCAGCGCAAGAUUCACUGAAAGGCAGUUUCUGAGGAAUGCACGGGUUUCUGGGAAAUGGAGUGAGGAAGAGGCACCCAUAUCUUACUUCCCCUUCAUCCCGGACCAGCCUUUUAGGAUUGAGAUCCAUUGUGAGCACCAGCGUUUUAGGAUCUUUGUGGAUGGACACCAGCUGUUUGACUUUUAUCACAAAGUAAAGUCUUUGCCAGCCAUUAAUAUGAUCCGGAUAGUUGGGAGUCUUCAGAUCACCAAGCUGGGCUAACCAAGCACACCUGAGCACGCGCCAGAAAGGACUUCUCACAGGUGACCAUCUGCACCUGUGCGUUUGCCGCAGCUCACACAAAGACAUCAACAACAUCUGCAUUUAUACUUCUCUUUUGCCCUCUAUCCUCACAUUGUAAUGAUUUCUGAGUAUUGUAUCAUAACAGGUUUGAUGAAUGGUUGCAAUAUCAGAUGUGUGUUUUCCAGUAUCUUUGUUUCACAUUGUAGCUUAGCCUAUUUGUUUAGUUUCAAUACUUUUUCAGGGAUCGCACACAUUGAUAUGCACUCUGUGGCAGUAACAUACAAUAUGCCACUGGGAUUUAGCUGCUCUUCAUAGACACUGCCAGUGUGCUUGUGCUUGCACUCAAGCAGGGUAGGUUCAAAAUGAUCCAAAACUCAGGAAAUCAGAUAAAGUUGAUUUUACUUCUUCACUCUGAUGAGAAAUUUGCUUUAAAUUAUGAGUUACUCUGAAAUGCUUUGGCUGCUAGAAUAUAGGAGCUCAGAUUCCACAUUUUGCUGUUCCACCUGGGUUUGAUUUGUGUUAUUUAAUCUGAAUAAUUAAAAUAUUUUGGAAGGAAGAUGUUAUUUUAUCGUGUAGCGGAGUUGUAUGGUAGACGUUUAAAUAGAAUACCUUUCCUGUCUCUGUUCUUUGCAACUACACAUUUUGGGAAAUAAAAAAUGUGUUGAUUUAGAAUGUAACCAUAAGGGUUAUUUAAUUUUGAGGUAGCGGAAGUUUUUAAUUUUUGGAAAUUUGAUCAUCCAGUAAUUUUCUUCCAAGCCAGCACAGUAUUUAAUUACAACAGUGUAAUGUUAAAUCCGGAAUGACUUCAGUGCAGUAAUUUUGCAAAAUAGAACUCCGCUUAUAUCUGUUUACGCUUUAUUAUUAGCACCUCGUAAAAGGAGCAGGUAUAACAGGGCUGAAUUGUUUCUUGAAUGUACUGUCA